AUGGUCAACUACGGCGGUGACGAAGUCUCGGCGCUAGUCAUUGACAUCGGAGCGUCGUCCGUACGUGCGGGAUAUGCAGGAGAUGACUGCCCAAAAGCCAUCAUACCCACCUCCUACGGGUACCACCCAGCACCACCAGAUGCGGACGUGACUAUGAGCGAUGGCGCUGAAAACAUUGAUGCAGUGAACAAGUCGAAGUUUGCGAACAUCUAUAUUGGCCAAUCUGGGCCGUCUAUAUGGAGAGAGGGUAUGGAGGUCGGAAAUCCGAUGGUCGAGGGUCUCAUCCAGGAUUUCAACCCAAUAAAACCACUCAUUGACCAUGCCCUGGAAAAAACAAUGCGCGUCAACUCCUCCGAACAUCCCAUUCUCGUCACCGAACCUACCUGGAACACGCCUGCCAAUCGCGAACGCAUGGCCGAGAUCAUGUUCGAAGAGUUCAAUGUGCCUGCAUUCUAUAUUGCGAACACUGGGGUCCUAAACGCCUUUGCCGCUGGAAAGGGUUCAGCAUUGGUCAUCGAUGUUGGGCAAAGUAUGGCCAGCGUUACUCCAGUCGUGGACGGUUUCGUUCUUCGGAAAGGCCUGUCGUACUCACCACUUCCCAAACUCAUCCACGCUCAUGCUCGCCACAUUCUCAUCUCCCCUACUCCACAUAGACGGGGUAUUGAGCUUCUACCGCAUCAGUUAAUUGCCAACAAAACGCUGGUGGAUGCUGGCGCCCCUCCCAAAUUCACCAUUCGACAAGACCGGAUAGCUGGAACAACAGAGAGUUGGCGUAAUUGGGCUGAAACACGCGAAAUCGACGAAUGGGUGCAGAGUGUAGCAGGUGUUUUGGAUCAAGGAUGGAACGACGCAGUCGCUGCUCAACGAACAGCACGACAAUACGAGUUCCCUACCGGAUACAACAACUAUUUUGGGCUUGAACGUUUCCAAGUCGGAGAGCAAUUCUUCACGCAUUCGCCGCAGCUCGUUGCGUCGAACCCCAAUCUACCCAAAACAAUCCCACAACUCAUCACGGAGGCUCUACGCGCGUGCGACCCAGAGCUACGCCAGGUUCUCAUGGGUAAUGUUGUUCUCACAGGGGGAGGGACCCUCUUCUCUGGGUUUGCGGACCGGCUGACAGCUGAACUGACGAGGUCAUUCCCACACACGAAAAUCCAUGCUCCUGGCAACCCUGUCGAGCGCCGUUACGGUGGCUGGUUGGGUGGAAGUAUUUUAGCAAGUUUGGGCACUUUCCACCAGCUCUGGAUCAGUAAGGAGGAGUGGCAGGAACAUGGGAAGCCCAUUGUGGGCCAGAGGUGUAAGUAG